UUGAUCAUGAAGCUGUGGAUCCCGAGCCUUCUUUGCUUCCUCUUGGCGCUUGCCGUCGCGCAAGAGAGCCUCGACGACGUCGCCGACGAGCGCUACUACGACGCCGCGACGACCCAAGCGAUUGCCUUUAUCAAGAAGAAGAUGAAAGCGCACUCGAUCACUGGCAUGGGCGUCGCCGUCGUCCGCAACAACAAGACGGUUCUUGCAACGGGGUUCGGGCUCAAGCGUGCCAACGUCUCGUCCGACGUUGUGCGCUCCACGACGGGCUUUGAGAUCGGGUCUGUCUCCAAGACGCACAUUGCGAUCGCUCUCGCCAAGCUCGUCGACGACGGGAAGCUCCAGUUCGCCGACACGGUCAAGUCCCGACUUCCGUGGUUCACACUCCAAGACAAGUACGCCGAGGCCCACACGACCAUUGGUGACUUGCUCGCGCACAACUCGGUGCUCACUGAUGACGGCGACGUACCGAUGUUCUUUGGCCGCUGGGCGUCCGAGCGCGACAACGUCGAGAACCUUGCGUUCUUGCAGACGUAUCGCGAGUUCCGAGCCGGGUAUUCCUACGCCAACCUCGGGUACCAAGUGCUCGGGCAGGUCAUCGAGGCUGUGUCGGGGCUCUCGUGGCACGAGUACCUCCAGCAUACGAUCUGGACACCGCUCGGUAUGAAGUCGACGUACGCGCACGCGGGCUUGGCGCCGCCAGGGCAGCUGUCGUUUGGUCACUACGUUUGCAACAAGACGGUGAUCGGGCCCUACCCGCUCUUCACCUCGAGCCUGACGAUAUUGAACCCCUCGUCGCCGUUCGUGGCGGCGGGCUCGAUCGUCUCGACUCCGGCAGACAUGGCGAUCUUCACGCGAUUUGUUCUGCAACAUGGCGCCGGUAUCUUCAAAUCGCCGGCGCUCGUCAAGAACCUCGCGACGGGCUACGCGAGUCUUCCUCCCACCCGCGCCGCUGGUAUGACGGCCUACGGCUUCGAGUACGACCCCGAAGGCAACGCAUAUGGUGUUGGCUACGGCUACGACAUGACAGGUGCCCUCCUCUUUGGGCACCGGUACUUCACGAAAUCCGGGGCCACGAUGGCCCACUUCACCGAGACGGGGUAUGCUCCGGGCGCCAACUUGGCCGUGACGCUGCUCUCCAACACGGCCGUGAGCGGCGGGCCCAGCCACGAUCACGCCGUCUUGACGCUCAUGCAAGUAUACAUUCUCGGCAUCUACCUCGGUGUUCCCCGCAGCAAGCUCGACGCGACAUGGGACACCGCGUUUGCCCUGGCCGACAAGCUGUACCCGGCUCAACCUUGCGACAGCCAUUUCUUUGGGAAGGAGCCGUGGCCGAGUGCCGACUUGCCCGUGCCGGGCGCGUCCACCCUCGCUGGCACGUAUGCGUUUGCAUCAUCGCCCACGUACAGCGGCCCCAUUACGGUCCACGCGACGCAAGACAAGCUGUCCAUGCGCUACUACUCGUACGACGCGCCGCUCCUGCCGCUCGGGAACAAUACGUUUGUGUGGGCCAUCGACUUUAUGGCAUCGACGUUCGUUGUGCCGUUUACGACCCAGCCGGACGGCAGCGUCGCGCUCGAGUUCUUUGGGUCCGUUGCCGUCAAGGGUUAGGGAGUACAUGUACCGGCAAACUAAACAUGGAUGCACAGUGUUUUUCAC